AUGUUCGCUAACACUAAAUUUGUCUCAGGAGACCGAUGGCAGGCGAAGAUAUCCGACUAUGGCCUGAGGAAAAUGCGAGUGUAUGACAAGCGUCUUCCUCAAGACUUAUUGUGGACCGCACCAGAGGUUCUGCGCAAGGACGAAAUGAUUGGUUCGAAAGAAGCCGACAUCUACAGCUUCGGUAUCAUUUGCGGUCAGUUGGUUACGAAAACGUCUGCAUGGGAUUUAGAUAAUCGUACAGAAGAUGCUGCAGAAAUACUCUACUUGGUUAAGAAAGGAGGGCAUAAUCAGGAACGUCCUUCUCUUGGCGACAAGGAUGAGUUCGAGACAACCCUGCUUUGCUCCACCUUAUUCGUGACUGUUGGACGGAACGCCCUUCUGAAAGACCUUCAAUAA